AUGUAUGAUUCCAAUGAGAAAAAGAGUAAUAAAACAAAGAUGAGACAUAUCCAUAUGAUUAGAAAGAACUUUUAUGAAUUAAAUUGUGAACAAAAUGAUAGAAGGAAUAGACAUAUAAACUAUAUAUAUUAUAUAAAUAUGGAGACUACUAUAAUUGAAAUGUUAUUAGAUAAUAAUAUGGAAUCUUUUAAGAAUGCAGGGAAAUUAUUAUUUAUAAUAUUAUCUGGUAUAUCUCCUGCUACAUUAUAUUUUAAAAGAAUAUUAAACUUAAUACAUUUUUUUUUUCAUAAAGGUGGAAAACGUUUUUAUCAUAGUAAUAUACAUUUUGAUAUGAUAUUAUAUCUGAACAAUUAUAUGAAAUCAUAUAGUAUUAGUUGUUCAGUAUAUAUUUAUAAUUUAUUGUUAUGUAAUAAUAAUUAUAAGGAUUUUGAAAAUUAUAAAGAUAUAUAUAUACCUAAACAUUCAAUAGCUUCAUUUAUGGAUCAUUUUUAUUUUGUCGUUAAGGAUUUUUUAUUAAUCAUAAGAAAAUUUUUAAUUAAUUAUGAACAAGGAAAUAUAUCUAAUGAGGUAAAUUUGGAGGGGGAUUAUGAAGAAAAUGUUUAUGAUAGCAUAAUAUAUGGUGUUACAACGAAUAAUAAUAAUAAUGAAAAUAAUUAUGAUAAUAAUUAUGAUAAUAAUGAAAAUAAUUAUGAUAAUAAUGAAAAUAAUUAUGAUAAUAAUUAUGAUAAUAAUAAUUACAAUAAUAACAAUAUGAAUCCUAUAAAUGAUGACAAUAUGUACUAUCAUAUGAACAAUAUAAAUAUGAAUAAUUUUAAUAAUAUGUCAAACCAUCGUAAUAAUGAUAAUCCUUAUUCACAUAAUAAUCAUGAAAAUUUUGUUAGUAACAAUUCUAUUUUAUAUAACAACCAUUAUGAUGAUAACACAUUUAAUAAAUUCAAUAAAGGAAUGAAGAAAAUACAAAAUAAAAAUUUCGAUGAAAAAAUCAUGUGGUUUAAAGAAACAAGCGAAGAUAUGAUAAAAAACUUUUGUAAUAUAUUAUUUAAAAAUACAUUCCCUAGAAAUUUUGAAAAAAAAUUAAAAUAUUUAAUUUCUCAAUGUACAAGAAUAAAUAGAGCACUACAUAGUAUCUAUUUAGAUAUUUUCAUUUUAUGUAAUUUAAAAAAUGUAAUUAAAGUUUUAGUACUUAUAGACCAAUUAUUUUGUUCCAUAUUUCCUUAUUUCUAUUUUUAUGAACUCAAGUUGAAAAUCUUAUUGUUUUUUAUUCAUAAAAAUGAUAAUAAAAAGGAAAGCAAAAAAAAAAUUAAAAAAAAAAAAAAUAAUGAUAAGGAAGGCGCAAAAUUGAUGUAUCCAAAUGUAAAUAAUAAUAAAGAUUAUGUUAAUGAAGAUUAUGUUGGUAAAGAUUAUGUUGAUAAAGAUUAUGUUAAUGAAGAUCAUGUUAAUGAAGAUCAUGUUAAUGAAGAUUAUGUUAAUGAAGAUUAUGUUGAUAAUAAUUAUGUUACACACUUGUUAGAUCAUAACCUUGAUAUUACAUUAAAUUCUGCUUAUGAUUCUUCGAGAUAUAAUCGACCUGUGCAUCAUAUAAAUAAUGAAGAUAUCGAAAUGUCAUCACAUAUAAUAGAAAAUAAUAACAAAAUGAAUAUAUCAAAUAAUUCAUUAAUAAAUUAUUCCAAUGAACCGGUGAAUGAUGAAUUCGAUUGCCUUUAUAGUAGUGCAUCUAAUGAAAGUAUUAUUCCACUUCUUACCGAACAAGUAAAAAAUCAAAAGGAAGAAGAGGAAGAUGAUAAAAAUGUUUAUCUAGAUAAAUUUAUGAAUUUAUAUAUUAAUUGUACUGAAAAAAUUGCAACUAGUGUUCCUUCUAUUAGUGAUCUUUACGAUAAUAAAGCUCUUAAAAAUUUAACAUAUAAAAUGAGCAAUAAAAGAAAAAUUAUUGAUGAUCAAUUUAUAUUAGACUAUAUAAAAAAUUCUCAAAAUGCUAAUGAAAGAAAUAUUCAUAUUGAACAAGAUGAUAAAGGAAUUAUUAUAAAAAGGAAAGAUAUAUCUAUUGAUAAUAUAAGUGUUGAUGAAAAAAAGGAUGAUAUUAUUAUUACUAAAGAGAAACAACAUAAAAAAUAUUAUAAUCAACAUUUUAAUGAUCCAUUACAAAAUUCUGAACAUAAUCCAUUAUUUAGAAAAAACAAAAAACAAAAAACAAACACAAGUUCUUAUCCAAGUGGUGUAAUUCCUACUAUAAAUAAUAUUUAUGAAAAUACAUAUCAUGAUAUAAAAUAUAAUUUAAAAAUAAUUGUAAAUAUAUCUAAAUGUUUAAUGUUCGCAUCAUAUUAUGAUCCAAUAUAUAUCAAACUUUUCUAUUCUUACUUAUUACCUUGUAUUCCAUUUGAUAAAAGAAUAGAAAUAUUUUUGAUUUAUUCUUAUUCAAGUUAUAAAAUUUUUAAACCUUUCGUAUUCUUAAUAUUUUAUAAUAAUAAUAGUCCUUUGUAUAUUCGAAAUGUUUUUGUUAAAAUUUUUAAAAGAGAUAAAAUCAUUUUUCAAAAAUUUAAAUAUUCGUAUUUUAAUGGAAUACAUCUUAAAAACGUGCCCAAGAAAUACUUCAUCUUUCUUUUCCUUCUCUCUCCUUUUUUUUAUGACGAUAAAGUGGAAUGUCUCCUGUAUAUUUAUAACCUCUUUUACAAUUAUGAUAGAGACGUUAUAAAUGAUCAAGAAAAAGAUAUAAACUACAAACAUAUAUACCAAGAUGUAGUGUUACAUAAUGAUGAGGAAUACGAUGAAGAGAAAAGAAAUAUAAACAUUAUCAUAAUAAAAUUUAUUGAAAUAUUUAAAGAAAAAUUCAAUGUAGAUCUAUAUAAUUAUUUCGAUUUUUAUAGAAUAUAUUUUAUAUUAUUUGUGUCGUGUGUAGAUAUGAAAUAG